AUGACGCUUCUGCAGAGACUCCAGGCCAUGUCGGCCACCACAACCAGGACGAUAUUGGAGGGCAGCAUCGAUAGCAUCGAUGGAACAAAGGAGCCGCUGGCGGGAAGACUGCCCGUGCUGGAGGAGUCCGCCUCACAUGCCCGUUAUUUGAAAUUCAUCGCCGACGGGCUCAUCGACGAGGGACUGGGCAGUGCGGUGGGCAGCGGUAGCAGCAUCGCCGUGUCCCUCGAAGAUGUCGUCGCAGGACAGGCACAGGACAUCCAGGCGGGCGAGGGAUCCACCGACGACGCCGACGGCAGCAGCCAUCUGGCAUUAGUCUUCGUCAAGUGUUUCAUUAUUGGUUUCAUCAUACUGGCCGCCAUCCUGGGCAACAUGCUGGUGAUUGUGUCCGUCAUGCGCCACCGGAAAUUGCGCAUCAUUACCAACUACUUUGUGGUCUCGCUGGCCGUCGCCGACAUGCUGGUGGCCCUCUGUGCGAUGACAUUUAAUGCUUCCGUCAUGAUCUCGGGCAAGUGGAUGUUCGGAUCGGUGAUGUGCGACAUGUGGAACAGCUUCGACGUCUACUUCUCCACCGCCAGCAUCAUGCAUCUCUGCUGCAUCUCCGUGGAUAGAUACUACGCCAUCGUCCAGCCGCUGGACUAUCCCUUAAUCAUGACGCAGCGGCGCGUGUUCAUCAUGCUCCUGAUGGUGUGGCUUUCCCCAGCGCUUCUCUCGUUUCUGCCCAUCUGCUCAGGGUGGUACACAACGACCGAGAACUACAAGUAUCUCAAAUCGAAUCCGCAUAUAUGUGAAUUCAAAGUGAACAAGGCGUACGCCAUAGUCAGCUCGUCGAUGAGCUUCUGGAUCCCCGGCAUCGUGAUGCUGUCGAUGUACUACCGCAUUUACCAGGAGGCCGACCGGCAGGAGCGCCUGGUCUACAGAUCCAAGGUGGCCGCCCUGCUGCUCGAGAAGCAUCUGCAGAUUAGCCAAAUUCCCAAGCCGCGGCCGAGCAUCCAGGUGGAGCAGUCGACCAUCUCGACAAUGCGGCGGGAGCGGAAGGCCGCCCGCACCCUGGGCAUCAUCAUGAGCGCCUUCCUCAUCUGCUGGCUGCCCUUCUUCCUCUGGUACAUUGUAUCCUCGCUGUGCGAUAGCUGCAUCACUCCGCGCCUCCUCGUCGGCAUCCUGUUUUGGAUCGGCUACUUCAACUCGGCCCUGAACCCCAUUAUUUAUGCAUACUUCAACCGCGACUUCAGGGCCGCCUUCAAGAAGACCCUCAAGAGCCUCUUUCCCUACGCCUUUUACUUCUGUCGGCAACAGGGGCGGGACGACGACCGAGAUCUGGAGUUCGGCGGUCCCAGUCGACGGGGAACCAAUGGAGCCCGCGCCGGUUCCGGAUCCGCUGAGCUGCCCAACUGCAUCAACUCGACGGCCUCGUCGGAGAUUCACAUGAGCGUGAUGCGGGCCCGCCAGUAUGCCGUCAAUGUCACCCCCACCACGGACGCCCAGAUGCAGCAGCUGCACCCCCUCUACACCAACUAGACCUACUACUACACCCAUGGCGUACACACUUGAUCUCAACUCCUGUGCUUCACAACGUCUGUUCAUGAGUGCUCAGUGCACUCCAAGUGUUCUCCAGAAACCAGAUUGCCAGCUUACAAAUAAAUUUGCCCGAUAGGUGGAAAAAACAUUCCUCAAAAUGGCUGCUAAGAGGGCUAAAAAGAAUUUAACCACAAAUAAAACAGCUAAAGCAACAGCAACAAUACGACAAUCCCACAGAUUAUAGAAAGCCUUCAACAACAGCAAAUUGACGUGCAAAAUGAAUUGAAAUACAAAUAAAAAUAUUACGACAUACAUAUUUACGUGUCAUGGAGUCAGAAAUUUCAUAAAGAGAUGUUUAUAAAUGCGCAUGCAACAAUAGAUAUAUGAAUUGAAUGUUUGAUAUACGUAUAUAAAAAGCGAGAUGUUAACCCAAAAAAAAAUAAAUAUGAGAUAUGCAUGGAUUGAAUUAAUACUCUAAGUAAAAGUAAAUAAAAGCUAGAAUUACUCUGUAGGUGAAAGGUCUGGUUGCAGAGUUUUUUGUGCAAAAUAUCUGUUAUGUUCGCAUGAAAAAUGUUUGACUUCAUAUGUUUGUUUAAAUUAAAGUUGAAAAUUUCUUAAAUAUUGUUGUACCUUUUAUUCGAUUAGCGAAUAAAGAAUGGCCAGUAAUCAGUGACCAAUUUGAAUUAACAUUUUGUAAAUAUUCAAAGCACUCAACCAGGUCUUGAAUCUAUUGUUAGUUACCUACAACUAAGUUAGGAACGUGUUAUUAUUUUUUGUAUUACUCAUAUUCUCUCAUCUUUAAAAGCAAUGAGAAAGUUCAUUCGAUUCGUUCGACAUUAAAAUAAUCUAGUUCAUUAAACCAAAAUCAAAUUAUAUAUGUCAUAAUACAUAACCAAACAAAGAAAUUCAUAGAAGCUAAAGCACGACUUACAUAUCCAUUGGGUCUUUUAGCCUCAACUUUGAUGUUUCCCGACUUUGAGUCCCACAUUGUUGUUGUAGUCAAGUUAGCGCUCUAGAGCUAUAUAUUAUAUACGAACUAUACCUGUAGCUAAGUACAUGAGUACCUCCCUCUCUGCAAAUAGAUGCAACCGACAUUCAUGGAACUGUUUUGUAAUCUUUUGAGCAAGUGUGACUAAUUCCUAUAAGCUAUUCUCUUGCCUGGACAAUCUUAACGAAGCACAAUAAACUAAAUCUCCAGACUCCAAGCCUGUUUAGUUGACUUUCGCUUUCGACUCGAAAUUAGUUGAGUAGGAGAUAUAAGAGAAGUUAUCAGUAACUGCCACGCCCCUCGCCGAAUUUGUCACCGCAAUUGCGCCCAUAAAUCAAAGGUGUUUUUAGAGGAAAGCUGGCUAAAUUGUUUGCAGAAAAUAUAUAUACGACAUAUAUAAAACGCUGACUUUUUCUUACGAUUCACAGUCAUUAUUUAAAGCGCCGGCUUAAGAGCUCACCGCCGGCGACAAAUGAGCAUCUGCCGUCUCUGUCGGCGUGACUACCCCUACUACACCCUACUUCUCCCCGCCCUCCAGUGGGCGUGUCAAUAUUUGCUUUAUUUAACUCUCGACGCUUUGUUUAAACUGCGGAACGCCCACAAAAAGUUGGCAGUCAGCAGCGUUGAUAACAUUUGAAAUGUAGCCAAAUAUUGUUAACUAAAUUAACGUCGAACGAUAAGAAGCUGAAGUACAAAACACGAAUGCUCUUUAAAGUUAAAACAGUUUUGCAUCGACUAAAAUAACUUUAUAAUAUUUAUUUCUGGUUACAAAAGUGAUUUCUUUGUUGCCACAAGUGUUUCCAGGUGCAUUGAACUUUAGUAGAAGGUGCAUCCGUUGAAUGAGGAAGUAAGAGUAUAUAUCUUCAAGUACCGCUGAGUUGAAUCGAACAAAGUUAGGAUUGGUCGAAGUGUUACAAAAAUAAUUAAACCAUUUAUAAUUUACUUACGAAAUAUGGUUAUUAAAUAUAAAUACACAUAGAUUUUUAAGUUGUAUUACUUUAAAAAUGUAUUCAGCAUCAGCAUUUCAAAGAUCUCUAUGAAUAUGUAUCUCCUCACUUCAAUAGCCCUGAUACCCCUAUAAACUAGGGUGUUUUUCGGAAAGUAUGGCACGUGUCCGUAAACCACCUGGAUCACAGCGUCAAUAACAAAACAGCCAUAAUUAACAAAAAUACGAUUUAGUUUAACCGCAAAUUGGAAUGUCAACUCAUGGGAGCAUGUGAUUCUCGAAUAAAAACAAACUAAACAGUUCGCGUUAGUGUCGAAAAGUAAAUAAUUAAAUUAUGGCAAUUAGGUAAAGCUCACGACGAUUACAGUCGCCUGUAAAAGUAUGCUGACGAGUCAUUCCAUGAUGCAAUCCCAGUUAAUUUGACAAUUCACGCACAUUCCAGAUAAAUCCCCACAUCCUCUGGGUGACAAUGACUUGUGAAAUUACUUCUGCCAGCGACUGUAUUCUUAUAUGACUGAUUCAUUUUAUUUCGUUUUUUACGAUGCGAGUAGAGAUACAAGGUACCUAAGACAUAACCAUUUAUAGCUGAAAGAGGCUCAAUGUUCAAAUGAAAUUACCGAUUCAGAUGCACUCAAAACAUUCGAAGCCAAAACAAAUUAAAUGUCCAACAGAAACGCUGAGCUGAAGCUUAUUUUGUAACAGAAAUACAAACUGAGUGUCUAAAAAUAAUGGUAGUCAAAUAAUUGUUGAAUAUUGUACGUAUUAUGCAUGUGUAUAGUUAAGUCAAUGCCAUGUUAAGCAAAAAAUAAAUAAAAGAGAAUUUUAAAAUCAGACCACAUUGAGGUAAUGAAAAAUUAAUGCGAAACUCAUAUAUUCAUGCGUAACUCGGCCACAUGGCAUUAAAUAUAAAAUGCAAAUAAAAGUGACAGCAAGAGGAAAAUGUUAAUUAACUUGUGAAAAAUAUUUACAAAACCACAAAAAAAGGAAAAAACAACUAGCACGGAUCUUGUGGUCGAUUGUCGGUCAAUUUCGGAAUUGUACUCAGAUACCUUCCAAGUUUCACGAACAGCAAAACAUUAGGCGAUACCCCUCGACUUAAGUAAAUGUUAACAUGUGCGUUUUUCAGUGGAAACUAUAUUAAAUUAUACAUAUAUAUUUAUUAUACAAAGGGAUAUGUUUACGGUGUAUGCAUGUAUUGUAUAUAGUAUCUCGAUACAUAUAAAUUAAUGAAAUGAAGCAAUUACAAUCGUAUGGAAUAAAAGUAAAGGUAAUAAUAAAAAGGUUCAAAACAUCA